AUAUGUUUCAAGAUGGCGGCACCCACAAGUAAAAGCAAAAUAUUCAGCAAAAUCUUUACGUUUCCGUUUGACUAUUUAGAUAAAAAGGUGCUUAGUAACAAGUCAGAGCCUGUGUGUAUCGUUGCUGUUGUUGGAGCUAGCAGGCUUUCAUGGUGUCAUAGGAAGUCUUUACACCUUAACUCACUCUUACAUAUGCCAAUUUUCAAGAAUGAUCUAGCAGAGAACAACACAGAUAUCAAUAGCAACCCAAAUAAGAAAGAUGAAGAUGUUGAGAUCGAGUGUUAUAAUGAUGAACAGAAUCGGGUAAUUUACCUUCACUUGACUAGUUUGCAUGACACUAACAUGUUGGCACAAGCUUGCAGUAGAUCGGACGAAAGCAUUGAUCAUGAUGAUCCACAUGGAUGGUGUCACGAGAUGGAAUUCAAAUAUGCGAGGGCCCUGCUCUUCCUCUUUCACAUCUCUCACGUGCUGUUGUUUGUUCGUCCGACCUGCACAUUUAACAUGAGCAUUGUUAGACUUUUUCGGACAUUAGAUACUAUCAGGCAGAAGGUACUGCCGAGCUUGUCUGAUGUACUGCAGGCGACACCAGGUGUCUGCAAAGAUUGGGUUAAUGCUGGCAGACUCUGUUCACCCCGUGUGCUCUUCCUCUUUGAGAACUGUAACGAACGAAUCAUAGCCGAUGCAAGGAAGGAGUUGUCUGUGAGGAGUAAAUAUAGGUCAACGAAAAUGGCAAUGUACAAGAAACUACAGCAUUCCCUGGAAGAUCAGAUAUAUAGGAUUCUCCGUAAAAGCAGAGUCAUUACAAACAUAAGUGCAAACUCACUAUUCGCUGUGCCAGUAAACCAGGAGUACGUGUGUGUAGAUGUUGGUGGAGCCAAGAUGGCAUUAGACCAAGAAACAAAUCUCCUCAGAUACCUUGAUGGGCGGUGUAGCCCAUCCGGCACACCGAUUUUAAACCCUGCAAACUCGGAACCACCACAGAGUUUAAAGUCAUUCUUGAUGCCUCACAUCAGCCUAGCUUUAUCUCAUGGGUUUGAUGAUAAUGUAACGAGACAUCCAACCCCCGUGCAUUUUGAGUUGCCAACCUGUCAGACAUGGUUUGAUGUAGCAAAUCGCCUGUACAAGUUCUUCCUGGAAGAACAAACUGAGCCACGCACACGUGCACAUUUUAACAGUUUUCGGUCUAUGCUGGAAGUGGAACAGAGAUUCUCGGAAAAUCGGUGUGCGAAAGUUUUACCAAUUGCCACGGGCACAUACCAGGAGGGUUUGCCGUCACAUUAUGUCAAGAGUGUUCAUGAAACAAAGCUCGCGCAGGCACGCAGGGUGUUCCAGCACCACGCACGAGGGCCUGCUACCAGCCGAUUCGCACGGCAACUGUCUGAGGAGUGCGAGAAGUACUGGAAAGCAGGCCGUCAGCUGUGCGAGGAGAUCAGCCUUACAGGCCAGCAUUGCAUCAAUGAGCUUCAUCGUUUGCCAGAGGAAGCUGCUGGUGAUGCAGAUAGGAGUCUUCCCCUCAUGCAUCACUCCAGUAACGUGAAGGGCUUGAAUGCGUGCAACUGCGGAAGAACGCAGGCAAACCGAGACGAUCCUUUCAAUGUUAAGGCUGCAAACUAUGAUUUCUAUCAAACUGUGGAGUCGUCUUGCUGUGCGGAACUACAACACUAUGAUUUCCCAGUUUUUCGAGCAUCAACAGCCCAUGCAACGGCCGCCACUGUAGCAAAGGCUCCACCUACAAGAAAAGCAUCAAAAGGAGAUUCACGUGAUCACACACAGGGAAGCAUGAGCUUGGGACCGAGUCUCAGUCAAACAGAAGAUGAAGAUGAAGAGGACGUGGAAGAGGAAGUUGAAGAUGAGUGCUCUCCUCUCACCGAGAAACCUAAACCACUUGAGGCUGUGGACGAGGUGGUCGUGGAGCAGGUGUCCACUACAGAGUACCUGGAGGGCAUGCUGCACAGUGAAAGCCCAUCUGGCCUGCUACCCCGCUUUCCUCACUGGUCCCUCGUCUGUUUGGGCGCUGCAAAUCUCUACAACCCAGCUACAGGCUUAGACCAGCAUGGAUUUCUUCACGGAAGCAACUACCUUUUGCCAUGGGAACUACAGCUAAAGGUGCCGGAGUGCAAAGAGCGAUGGCCAGCUGUAGGAGAGUCGAGCAUCAGAAAAGACAAACAAAAGCUGAAGAAAGUGACAAAAGACGUUGAGCCACCGUCAUCUACAGCCUAUCUGGGUAUAGAAUAUGAAUGUCCUCGAGGACAUCGUUUUUUCUGCUCUGGACCGGACAAAAUGCUCAAGAUACCUGCAAACAGUUCCGUGCGAGACAAUGCUAAUAAACUUCUCAGCUUGGACAUGCCUCUGUAUUUUCCAUGUCCCUGCAGGUCGUCAAAGGCAUUCAUGGGUCAGCUGAUGCGGCUCUAUAUAGUCAUGCCACGGGCACCCAUCAAGGUGACCCUGAACCCCAGAGUGCAGCCUGCCCCACCACCAUGUCCAGUCUUCCUGCCAGGAACAGCUGGACCCAUCUCCCUGGAUUCUAACACGUUCUGGGUUAUGAGACUACCUUAUGUUUACAUGGGUGAGAGUGGUCCAUACUACGCUCCAUCUGACCCUCAGCCCAUCACUAGCUGCAGACUGUUGAAAGGAACCUUCACUGUUGAGGAGAAUGACGAUUAGCAAUGCUUGCAACUUGACGUUUGCUUUGCCGUAUCUUCAUAUUCUUCUGUCACCUUUCGUCAACACAAAACAUGUACAUGGGGAAUCUCUGUGGCUGAAAUUCUCACCAAUCCCACUCGAGACAAAGCACCUCUCGAUCUAAGCCUAAUCGCGUAGAAAUAUCUACAACGAAAGCUCGUCUGUAAAGCAAUAGGAGAAAAUGCAAAUGCAACCACAUUAUAUAUAAAAUAUAUUUGCAUUAAAUUCCACCACCAGUGUUCCAUGAAAUCUAGUCCUAGUGUAAAAAUCCAUAUUCGAUUUCAUUUACACAAUUUGCCUCGAGAUUAAAGCAGAGUGACUUGCUUAUUCAUAUUAUUUACUUCGCAAGUUCAACUAAAUUUAUCCUAAACCAAAUAGCGAGUGAAUGGCUUGAACAUGCAUAAUUUCAGCUACCAUCUGAGGACAAUUUCUUAUGUUGUAGGUGUCUUAAGAAUAUGCGUGCUGUGCGCGUGCAUGUGUACUAUAUAAGAGUAAUAAUAAUAAAGCAGCAGUAUCUGUUUCAAAAAUCA